AUGAAACUCAGACCGUUCUCUCUGACCUCACCGAUUUCGAGUUCUACUAAACCAACGGUUAAGCUCGGGUCCGAUUGUCGCGCUCAGUUGAUCGACGCGGUUCACAAUCUCUUCGUCGGAGUUGGAGUCGGGCUUCCUUGUACGGUUAUGGAGUGCGGCGAUAUGAUCUAUCGCAGUACCUUACCGAAAUCGAACGGUCUUACGAUCACUGCCCCUGGAGUAGCGUUAGCUCUCACUGCUCUCUUGUAUCUCUGGGGCUACACCUGGCGUGGCUCCUGGGAUGGUUUCGUUUUGGGGAAAAAAUUAGGGGAAGGUUCGUUUGGUGUGGUGUAUAGAGCUUCAUUAUCCAAGAAACGUGUUUCUGAGAUUUAUGUUUUCAUCGUUCGGCAAAAACCUUGCAGAAGUCUUCAAAGAAAAGGACCUGAGUAUUGGCUGUUAUGGGGAGAAUCAACACUUGCUGGUAGAAACUAUCAUCCUUGGGAAAGUCCAAGACUUGCCUAA